CCUUUCUUAAACCCUACAUUUCCUUUAUCCUAAACCAUUCCAUCCAAUUCACUACCAAAAUCCUUCUUUACCAACAUGGAAAUGUCGUUGAUCGUAAGUUCGCCGCCCAAGUUUACGAUCAGAAGAAGAGAUUUGCUUCACAAUAACAAGAAUCUGAUGAUCAUCUGUUCGUCUGCCUCCAAGUCACAGAUUGGUUUUGGUCAUAUUAUCAGAUGCCCUAAUCUUCCUCUUAGCGUAACUGCUCACUCUAAAACUGCUAUAUCCACCAAAGCUUCUGAUCGUAACACCAUAUCCAAUUCUAAAGAUGGUGUUAAAAUAUAUGUUGGAUUGCCAAUGGAUUCUGUGUCUGAUUGCAACGGAAUUAAGCAUUCAAGAGCAAUAGCAGCAGGACUUAAGGCUUUGAAGCUAUUAGGAGUUGAAGGUGUAGAGCUCCCAAUUUGGUGGGGAGUGGCAGAGAAGGAAGCUAUGGGAAAAUAUGAAUGGUCAGGCUACCUUACUCUUGUGGAGAUGAUUCAAAAAGUGGGUCUAAAGCUCCAUGUUUCUCUCUGCUUCCAUGGCUCCAAAGAGGAAAACAUUCCCCUCCCUAAAUGGGUUUCUGAAAUUGGGGCAUCUCAACCGGAUAUCUUCUUUACUGACCAUUCAGGGAAGCAUUAUGAAGACUGUCUAUCUUUUAGUGUUGAUGAUCUUCCUGUUUUUGAUGGCAAAACCACAAUGCAAGUGUACAAAGGAUUUGUUGAAAGCUUCAAGAACUCCUUCUCUCCAUUUAUGGGUUCCACAAUCACGGGCRUAACAAUUGGAAUGGGACCAGAUGGUGAGCUYCGGUAUCCAUCURACCAAGAUYACAGCAARAAUAGUGUUGGUCCAGGAGCAGGAGAAUUUCAGUGUUACGACCAAAACAUGAUGAGACAUCUCAAGCAGCAGGCCGAAAAUMUUGGGAACCCUCUUUGGGGACUUUCUGGUCCUCAUGAUGCACCAACUUACAACCAGCAGCCCAUCCUWAACACAUUCUUCAAAGAAGCAGGAUCAUGGGAGACUCCUUAUGGCGAUUUCUUUCUUUCAUGGUAUUCAUCCCAACUCAUAUCUCACGCUGACCGAAUCCUAUCAUUAGCCGCCUCAACUUUUAGCCAGACUCCAAUCGUGGUAUCUGGUAAACUGCCUCUUAUUCACUCGUGGUACAAAAGCCGAUCCCAUCCAGCAGAGGUAACUGCAGGAUUCUAUAACACAAUCAACAGAGACGGGUAUGAAGAAAUYGCCAAAAUUUUCUCAAAGAACUCGUGUAAAAUGAUCUUGCCAGGAAUGGAUCUUUUGGACGAACAACAGCCAACUGAGUCCUUUUCAAGUCCCGAACUACUACUUGCAGACGUUAGAACUGCUUGCAGAAACCAAGGUGUUGAGAUUUGUGGUCAAAACUUGAACAUUGCAGGCACCCCCAAGAGUCUUAAACAAAUUGAGAAGAAUUUGGCAGGUGGGAACGGAAUCAAUCUGUUUCUUUACCAGAGAAUGGGUGGGGAGUUCUUUUCGCCAAAAAACUUCCCUUUGUUUUCAGGUUUUGUUAGGAGUUUAAACCAAAUGGAACUGGAUUCAGAUGACUUGGCUGUAAAUGAGAGAGAAGCUGCUGUAUAUGUACCUGGAAAGAACCGAAAACUGCAAACUGUAUAGAGUUAUGAUGAUUAGAUGUUUUGCUGCAAUACUUGUACAUUGUUCUUAUGCAAAACCAUACUUGAGUAUAU